UGUGUGCAUACCCAAGAUUGACGUCUGUGGUUCACUUACAGACCCAGGUAUGGCGUCUCGUACAGUGAUUUUUGUAUUGAUUGUAUAUCUCUCUACUUUGCCCUCUGCUAUUGGCAGCUGUCCUAACGGUACAUACGGAUACCAGUGCGGCUACAGAUGUAACUGUGACCAAGACAAGUGUAAUUCUACUUCCGCCUGCAGUCCGUCAGCCUGUCACCCAGGAUGGUCUGGUCCGACAUGUCAGAAACAUAAUGUUGCGAGGGAGAAAGCUUCAUCAUCCAGUCGAGAUGGCAAUUACCCGUCAUCCCGGGCCACGGACGGAAGCACUGCAAGCUGGUAUCGUGUUUGUAUAGAAACAGCGCCCAGCAACCCCAACUGGUGGCGUGUGGAUCUCAAUGACACAGGGCAUGAUACGUGAGGUCUCCAUCUACUUCAGGACUGACUAUACACUAAGGAGAAAUGGCAUCCAGGUGUAUGUGACCAACUCGACUGAUGCCCCGAGUGGUCACAACUGCUACAACGUAACAGGAGGAAGCAAUGGAAGUGAGAUUGCUGACGUCACGCGGGCACCUUGCUCUGGCACGGGACACUACAUUUUACUUUAC